GUUUUUCCGUCGAUGCCACCAUCUCGACGCCUGUAAAUGUAAUAGAAUACAGACGACGCCCUCAAAGUUGGGAUUUGCUCAUUAUGUAGUGAACUCUAAGUGCUUCGCGAAUAUAAGGGGAGCGGAAAACAGUAAAACACAUUUCGUCUCACAUGAAAGAUGUAAAAUAUAAUAAUUUCGAUAUGUGAAGAAAAUGUUUAGUUUAAGUGUGGAUAGAUUUUAAAAUGGGAUUGAUUUCUAGGACAUGAAAUAUGGAGAACAAAAAUAUUACUCAAAGAGAUAUAAACUAUGAAGAAAUUCGCCGUUUUUUGCUCACUUAAUGAUCUUCCCAACGAUGUGAAUACAUAGAAAGGCAUUACCAGAUGCUUUUGAAAAAAAUAAGAUUUUGGAUAGUGAUUUUAAUGCUCAUUUGUUAUAUAAUUGGAAUAUUAAUUUUGACUGCAAUAUCGUUACAAGAUUCCAAUAGUUUUAAGAUUAACUCAAAUUUAAAUAAUAGAUAUUUAUCCAAAUCAAAGAGCUUCGAAUAUGGUCUUCCAGGAUUCAGACCGUAUUUGAGACGGUCUAAAAUCAAUUGGUGUUCAGAACUGAAAUAUCGUAAUCCUUAUGGCCCAUCUAUUGCUCUAGCUUCUUUUCCUGGAAGUGGUAAUACAUGGCUAAGAUAUUUAUUACAACAAUCUACAGGUUACUUUACUGGAUCGGUCUACAAAGAUUAUGGACUUUUAAAGAAUGGAUUUCCAGCUGAGAGUGUUUUCAACGGCUCAGUAUUAGUAGUGAAAACGCAUGAAUGGGGAGCACCAAAUAGAAAAAUGUUCUCUAAAGCGAUUCUGCUUGUUAGAACUCCCUCUGCUGCCAUUCAAGCUGAGUUUAAUCGUCAAAAUGGUGGUCAUAUAGGAUUUGCUGCACCAGAUAAGUACAAAAGAUUGAAAGGGAAAUAUUGGCAAGAUUUCGUUUUAAGGAAACUGAAGCAAUGGCACGACAUGAACCUGGAUUGGUUAUAUAACUUUACAGGGCCUACACAUGUUAUUUUCUACGAGCAACUGGUAAACGACUUGGAAAAUACGUUAAAAACCAUUUUACAAUUUAUAGAUAUACCAUUUAAUCAGAAACUAUUCAAUUGUGCCAUCGAGAGGAAAGAAGGAAUAUACAGAAGGAAAAAAAGGGUGUUAAACUUUGACCCAUUUAAUGAUAAGUUGAAAUCAGUUAUUAAAGAAAUUGAGAAAAAAGUUUUUGAUGCUAUUUACAAUGUAGCUGCUCCGGCGGAAAUGUAGACAAAUAAUAAUAUAUUGAAGAUAAUAAUUAAUUUUUUAUAUUUAUCGAUUAAAUAAAACGACGAUGUAUCGUUUCUAUGUAAAUGUAUUUUUUUUAAAUGAAAGAACAUUUAAUUAGAGCCAAGACAAAUUUUUUUAUAAACCGUUGAACUGAAUAGAUUCUUUGAAUAAUGUAUACGGGGUAUGGCUUUAAAUAAGUUGACCGACAGUACUAUAGAAGUUUGCAUACGCUAGUAGUGAUACCUACAUGUACUUGUUGCGCAGAUUAAACGUUUUAAAGAUGGCCAGAUGGCCGAGAUGACAUACUAGAUGUUUCCCGACCAAGUCAUCAUUUCAUAUCGAAAGCAUCGAUAAUCUGAUGAUUGGUUUUUUUCAAAAUUCAACGUAUUAUGUUUCUCAAAGGUCGAACUCUUACGUGGAUGGUCCCAGAAGUACCUGGCCUAACCUAGAAAUGGCAGUAGUUACUUAAAAAUACCACUGCAUUAGAAAGUACACAAUGUAUACAGUAUAUGUUUCAAAUUUGAAGACGCCACGCUGUUUAGUAUUUAUUUAGCAGCCAAAAAUAGUGAACGUUUUCAGUGAAUUUGUAAACAUGACAAAAAUUGGUCAUCGUUAUUUGAUACAAUACUUUUAUUUGAAAGGCUGUAGCCCAACCAAUAUAAAAACUGAACUAGAUUCUACUCUGGGUGAGACUGAUCCCAGCAAAGUUUAGGCGAGGCCGUAUGACCUGCGAUAAUCAGCAUCGCAGUGAUCGACCCAAUGAGGUAACGACUCCAGAAAUGUUGAAGAAAAUCCAUAAAGAGGUACUGGAUGAUCGUUGGCAACUCAAGGCACAUCGCAUAUUAACUAAAAAUUUGGACAUGAGAAAGCCAUGCGCAAGAUGGGAAGCGCGUGGUCACAAUGGAACAAAAACAGAAUCGUGAAGAUGUUUCCACUGAGUGUUUGGUAAUGUUUCGCAGAAAUAAAGUAAGAAUUUUUGCGCCGUUUCUUAACCAUGCAUGGAGCGUGGAUAAAUCACUUUGCCCGAAACAAAAGCCUAAAGAAAAAGUGAUAUUCCAUCAAGACAAUGCACCAGCUCAUACAUCCGUUAUUUCAAUGGCCAAACUUAAUGAAUUAAACUUUGAAUUGCUACCUCAUGCACCAGAUUCAGUGCCUUCGGAUUAUUUUGGUCAAAUAUUUUCCAACAUUGAAGAGGUGAGUCGCUAAAGCUAAAAGGAGAUUAGGUUGAAAAAUAAAUAUAUUUUUUUCCAAAAUUUAUGUGCUUUCUGUGUUGGACCAAAGACUUCCGGAACCAUUCUCAUAAUCACCAUUAUUUCCUUCGAGAUUUUUGGAAAGAAUGAGAAAAGCAAUCAUAAAAGUGGAAGCAGAAGUUAUGGGUUCAACAUCACUUUUAGACCAUCAACCUGUUAAGCCAAAUGUUACGGCGUGCUAUUUCUAUCUGUUUUCUAAGGUAAAAUAUAAAUCUAAAGGAACACGAUUUGAGUUCUGUAGUAUUGUAAAGAAAUAACGAUAUUCAAAUAACCCUCCUUAGUUUAAAUAUUAAUAUAUAUUAUUUAUUUGGUUUAUUACUACUUUCUCUACUUGGAGGCGUUGUACCACGUUGUGAUUGAUUCCUUCUCUGAACGUCGAAUAAAUAAGAUAACAUUGUCGAAUUAGUCUUUUAUUCGAGACCACUAAAAUUGGAAUCUCGUGGUCAAAGACAUCACAAAUAGGCGAUGAUUAUUGAUAAAAUGACGAAAAUCGGGCACCUGAGAGAAUUUCCUCCAGCAAGUACUGAUUGGGUCAUUUUCAAAGCAAGGCUACUAAACUAUUUCUCAGCUAAUGGAAUAAAGAAAGAGAUAGGCAAAAUCAAAAUAAAGGCAAUAUUGCUAAGUACAUGUGACGAAAAGUUAUACAAACUUAGUGAGUCCUGCCAAGCCAGAAGAAAGCAGAACGCUUUCUUAAAUACCUGACAGGUUCUAUGACUUUUCAUGAUAAGGUUAAUAUUUUCAGAGAUAUGAAUUUUUAAAAGUUCCAAUAAUCUCAAAUUCAAGUUUUUUUGACCCAUGAGAAAGAUAUUUAAACAAUUUCGGCUUAAACAAUAUGGUACGGGGUUGCCCCAAGACAACAUACAUUUAUAUCAUCAGAAGGGCAAUUUGAGAAGGAUCGCAUAAAAAAAUUGAGGUGGAAUAGUUUUCUGUACUCAUGCGCUGUUUCCUCCUAGACUAAUAGGUAUUAUGUCGAAUAUUUUAAAAUUUACUAAUCGAAAUUAUUUUUUGUUGGUAAUACAUACAAUGUGAUAUAUAAUAAUAAUUGUGAUUAUUUGACGUUUUUUAGAUGAUAGUGGAUAUAUUUGAUGUAUAGCGUGAGAUAUUAUAUUCCUAGAAAACAAACAGUUAUUUCGAAAAAAAAUUAUACUCAAAUUUUGAAUUUAUUUCAUAAGCUGAAGACAUUUGAUAAAAACUUUUCCAUUAUCGAUCAUAAUGUGUAUGUUAAUAGAAAAUUUGCUCAACAAAGUUUUAUUUACUGUACCAGAUGUUUCGUUAUUGAAUAAAUUUUUUUUCAUCAAAA